AUGGUCAACAUCGCCAACAUCGCCAUUGCCGUCAUGGCUGCCGCCGUGACCACCGAGGCAACCUUCACGAAGGCCUGCAACCAGCCUUACGAUGUGUGCGGCUGGACUCUGACCAGUGGCAAGUUUGGCUAUGAUCAGCUCACGCUGCAGCAGGCUGUCAUCGCCGGCGGCCAGGACCCGAACAAUGGAAACCUGGUCUACAACUCGCUGUACGGCUGCCGCGAGAACGGCACCAUCAUCUGGAAGUGGCUCUGCGACAAGGGAUGCCAGCCCGCUGUCACGUUCAACGAUUACUGCGGUUAG